GCCCUGUUCAGAGUGCGACAGUCGGAUCAGGGACUUCAUGACAGAAACACAAGUUCACAGACAGACAGGAGACAGAGAGACAUAAAAGAAGACAACGUAGCGCUGGAUUUCUGCAGAUUUUGAGGAUCUAGGACGUGUAUUUCUAGAAAAGAAACACAGGCCGGAGCGAUGGAACAGGACGAACAGAAGGAGAGAAAAGGAAACAAACCUGAGAGCAUGACGGAGGAGAGCUUCAUCAAGGACCUCUACUUCUUCAUGAAGCAGAGAGACACACCCAUAGAGAGGAUCCCUCACCUCGGCUUUAAACAGAUUAAUCUGUACCUGAUGUUUAAAGCGGUGAUGGAGCUGGGAGGAUAUCACCAGGUGACUGCACAGCAGCUCUGGAAAAAAGUGUACAACAUUCUGGGAGGAAACCCUCGCAGCACCAGCGCAGCCACAUGCACGCGCAGACACUACGAAAAACUCCUUCUUCCGUACGAGUAUCACUUAGCUGGAUACGGAGACGAGAUUCCCAUCACGCUGCCUCGACAACGCAAGCGCUUCCACCCUGAGGAUGACUACAGCCAUGGCGCCAAACGUCCAGACUUCACACACUUACACCAGUUUAAUCAGUACCUCCCACCUGGUCCCAUAUCUCUACCGAGCUACUUGGCCGUGUCCCUGCCCUCUGUCCCUGCCCUCAGCUCUCCACUUCACAGUCGACCCAUGAUGUCCUACAUCCCUCCUUCAUCAGUGGAGACAGGAAACGUUAAACAAUCACUGGACUUCCUGCGUCAACUCGCUCAGGAGUAUAAAUCGUCCUCAGGAUGGACAGAGCCUCUGAACCUCAGCAAGAAGCAGAGCAGACUGGAGGCAUCCAGCAGCAUGCCGUCGUCGUUCACAUCCCCCGCCACCAAAAAGAAGGAACCCAAGUUUUUAAACGAAGCUCCACCACUUAAACAAGGCAAUCAGUCAGGAAACUGUGAAGCUCUGACUCCGACACAUGCAGCCACAAAUCAUCAGAGCAUCAGAGAUGAAUCACACGUCAUCAACCUCGCAUCUUCUUUCUCCAGCAGUCCAAACUUGUGGAAAGCGGCUCCAAGUUCCACUCCUCCAUCACCUCCUCCUCCUCCUCCACCUCUUCCUCCUCAUAGGCCAAAUUACCCCACCACCAAAUAUACACCACAACAAAGUCUACCAAUGUCCAAAUCAGGAUCCUCUACCACAUCUCAGCUGAGCCCUGCACCCAUUAACCCAACUCUAGCAUUAGACCCAUACGGAGGAAUGGAGAUCCAAAUCCCACUGUCUUUGCUCCAGAAUCUGAUCAAAGAAGGUGUUAUUUUGAACACAGCCUCUAAUCAGCAUUAUCUACCAUGCUCCAAACCCAGCGAAACUCCGUCACUGCCUGGAAGAGUGACCAUAGAAACCAACGCUGACCAGCCUGCAGAUCUGAGCCUGAAGAACCAAGUGAGAAACAUCAACAUCAAGAGCGACAUCGGCAUGAGUGCUAACAAGACUAUUAACGAAAGACAGGCAGCCGAGAGCAAAUAUUUUGCUGUGAAGCCCUUGUUAAUGCCCGCACCUGCCAAGUUGCCUAUGAAUAAUUACACUUCUCACCUUAAAACCCCUCAAAGGGGAUUUCAGGAACAACAAAUGUGUGCCAAGCAGGUACCUUCUACCAGGCCUCAGAUCCCCAACGUACAGUAAAGAUGGAGCCAGGACUGGAGUCACUGGAUAACGUCAACCUCUUCAUCCUUUGUCCAGAUCACUCCAGAGCAUCUGAAACACGGGGAAGGAACCAAGCUGAUGAAAUUCAGAACACAGAUAUGAACAUUGCAUCCACUACAAUUAUAUGAAAGACAUUUGAGAACAACAUUGAGGGGUGUUUUUGCCCCAAAAACAUUUCUUUAUAUUUUAUAGAAAUAUCUAUUUUAGAUAAAUUUCCAGCUGAUCUCAUGGUCACCACAGUGGAGAUGAAUAUGAACUGCACUGAUCCAAAAGCAGGGAAUAAGAAAAGAAUAGAAAAUAGAAAAGAAAGUAAAGUUGAUUACACUUAUGAUUAUAUAUAUAUAUAUUUUUAAAUGUAUGCUAGCAGGCAGCAAUGGCAAUAGUUUAACAUUAAAGAGGCUAAUCAGGUGCAGAAAUUCCAUAUGCAUUUGUCUGUGUGGAAAAUUUUAUGAUAACUCGAAAUUCAGGACCUGCCUCAACUUCCUCCUUCCGUCUUCUCAGAGCACUCGGCUGACCUCGAGAUCAGAAAAAAAGGAAAAUACUUUUUGACAGUAAGAGAUACAUAUUUAGCUUUGGUAAGAUUUUAUAUUAAAGAAAGCAUUUAAAACACUGAAAUAUAUACAGUACGGUUAGCACUAAAGUUACUAACACUAAAAUAUUACAAAAAUUUCUCAAUUGUCCGUUUUUUGGAGAAAAACAUUUGUAAAGACUUUCUUUCCCGAAUGUCAUGAGUCGAAGACGCGAUGGAUUCAGAGACCCGGACAGAGAUGAGCAAAAAUAAGAGCUGCGAUAAAAUGAGCCAGAUAAAAUGUCUUUUUUUGUAAUAAAUCUGAUAAAUUGCUGAUGUUCUGUGUUCACUCGGGAAACAUAUGAAGCUUCACUGAGUAAGUGAUGGUGAAGGAUUAUAACACUCAGGAAUAAGCUGCCUCAAUGACGUGCGUGACAAACUGUGACGAGUAAAUUCGAUCUGUUGGAAGAAACACACUUGUUUGGUGAAAAAAGAAUUAUUUCUAGCGCUCCGGCACAGAGAGAAGUCAGUUCCUUAAUCUUUAUGUAUUUUUUUAAUAAACUUACAGUGCUGUUUUUUUUUACACCUCAGGAAAUAGCAUGAUGAAGCCUGAAAUGAGUUUAGAAAAAAUUGUAAAUAUUUACAUUUUAUAUUUCUUUUUAUGGAAGCAAAAUGUUGUUGUUUUUUACUGCUGUAAAUAUCAUAUCUUAUUUUUUAUUUCUUUUUUAAAUAAUCAAAUUAAGUAUCAUAAAUAUGUGAGAUUUUCGGUGAUUGUUUGUAUAACAUUAU